CUCUCCGUAGAUCUCACCUGCCAAACGACGCCUUACUUAAAACCAAAAUGUUUUCAAACCGCCGUAAUUUGAGCUAAAACCCCUCUCUGUAUUACCCAACAGCCAAACAAGCAAAAGCAAUGGCCAACACAGAGCUCACGCACUUGGAUCCUCCACACACGCACUUAGUCUCUGCGUUUCUCGCUAUGGAAUCACCCGAUUGGUUGCUAUCUCUGGCUCGGGUGUGUGGUGGAGGUUCGGUUACGGAGAGCGUGCAGCGGUUUAUUUGGGACCACUGUAUCAGUAAAGCGGUUUCUGAGCAGGAUGGGAAUUUCUACAGACCUUACUUAAAAAGGUUUCUGAAAAAGCUAAUUGCGGAAGUUGAGUCAACAGGCGCAUAUGUUCUUGAAGAGUUGUAUGAACAAUAUGCUACUUUCAUGAUUUCUGUAAAGGAUGAUGAUAUGGCAAAGGGACUCUCAAAGAUUCUGAAAAGAGUUUCUUUUCUUUUUCCUGAUGAUUGUUCAAAAUCUAAGAAGCUAGUGGUUCCAUUGCAGUGCUCACUUAACUUGCUUGAAGGAGAUACCGGUUGUUCUAUCUGGCCGUCAAGCCUUUUCCUGUCGGAGUUUAUUUUGUCGUUUCCUGAGAUAUUCUCUGGUAAAUCUUGCUUUGAGGUAGGUUCAGGUGUUGGUUUAGUUGGCAUAUGUUUGGCCCAUGUAAGAGCUUCGAAGGUUACACUAAGUGAUGGUGACUUGUCCAGCCUUGCAAAUAUGAGGCUUAAUCUCGACCUGAAUCAGUUAAAUCUGAAUAUUGGUUUGCUACAAUCAACUACAGAGGUGAAAUGCAAGUAUCUUCCCUGGGAAUCUGCAUCAGAGUAUGAACUCCAGGUCAUCAUGCCAGAUUUAAUUUUGGGUGCAGAUGUGAUAUAUGAUCCGUUGUGCAUUCCACAUCUUAUUCGGGUGCUUUCUAUUGUUCUGAGCCAAAGAAAAGCACACUCCCAUGCACCUGACGAAAAUUCUGAGCACUUGCAUGAUGAAAAAAUCGCUGAUUGUGAAGAACAAGAAACUCUUGAUAAGCAUUUAAGAGAGUUUGAUUCUAUGAAUGGCAUGUCCCUAUGCACAAGUGACAGGAGUUCAGAUCAUUGCUUUCAAGCAUCUAAACAAGGACCAGUAGCAUAUAUUGCUUCUGUAAUACGUAAUAUUGACACUUUUAAUUAUUUUCUUACAGUAGCAGAACAAGCAGAUCUCACUGUAACAGACCUGAGCGAGAAAAUUCAGGUGCUUAAUCUACUUCCAUACAUGCAGUCAUAUCAGCGAUCCAAUGUAAAGUUAUUCAGCAUAUCUUAUUCAGGUUAGUGACUGUAUCAACUAAACUGCUUUACAGUUCGCUAAAACUGGAUUGUUAUACUGGUUAGUCUGAAGAUGGCAUUUGUAUUGCAUUUAAGUUAAUCAACUGCAGACUUCCGUA